CUCCCUUCACAUAUCAUCUCUCCUCUCUCUAUAUAUAUGCACACACAUCUUUCUCAUCUAUCCGAUUUCUUGAUUGAUAUUGUCCGACUUGUUUGUUUUUCUUGUACCCAUAUAGAAAACCACACAGAUGGAGGGCCAAAAGGAGAAGAAUGCAUCAUGGCUAUCUGUGCCACAGUUUGGGGACUGGGACCAAAAGGGAGCAUUGCCAGAUUAUUCAUUGGACUUCUCCAAAAUCAGAGAGAUGAGGAAACAGAACAAGAGGGACUUGUCGAGGGCGAGUCUCGGGAAUGAGGAAGAGCUUAUGUCUUCCACCGCUGGCAGUGCAAAUGCAGGCCACUCGGCUCACAGCGACGACCACCAUUACAAUCAAAACCAGUCUCCAACUACGAGGAGGAGCAUCUUCAGAUGUUUCAACUGCUGCGUGAAGGCUUGAAAGUUGAUUGUGUACCAAAAGCCAUUAUUAUUAGAGUAAUUUACCUUGUUUUAAUGAUGAAAUGAAAUCCCUUUGCUGCUUAGAAGUUGAAUGUUUUCGUUAAAUUCACGCUGACAGUGAUGAUUGAUUGAUUGUGCACUUUGUUCCUGUCAUCAUUUAGAGAUGGUGCUCAAAUUGUUAAUAAUGGUUUUUACCUGUGACUU